AUGAGUGAAGCGACCCAACCCUCGCUGCCGGACACUCUGGAGGGAGUCACGGCGGAGAUCAAAGCGACGCAAGCGGCACUCGUCGCGAGCCUGCAAGAUGAGCUUGUCUGUGUCGUUUGCGGAUGCGUUUUCAUCGACCCUCGCGUCCUGCGGUGCCAGCAUUGCUUCUGUCUGCGGUGCCUCUACUCCACCGUCGCACGCGAUCGCAAGCAACAGCUCGAGGUACCUUGUGCGUACCGCUGUGAGGAGACCACUGUGACACAAGGGGAUAUUCGCACGCUCCCCAAAAACCACUACAUCACCAACACGUGCGUUCUGCUUCGACAGCAUCUCGUGCGCCGUGCCAAGCUCCUAGAGAAGAAGCUCGUUCUCUUCGGCGACGAAACCACCGUCGACGAGACGAGUGGUGCCGCUUCGUCGCCGUCGGCUGCUGCGCCUUUCACGGUGGAGACAGAGGCAGUCCCGCUGAGUCCGCGUCCCGUCGAUCAGCUGCUGCUCAACAAGGAAAAGGCCAUCGUCGCAGAGCUUCAGGAGUGCGAGUGGUGCUCCUGCACCUCUCCGACGUGUGAAGUGUGUCCUUACUGCUGGAGCCGUGUCUGCGCGGAGUGCCGCGGCCAGUUCUCCGAUCACCAGUUUCUGUGCGUGGAGCUACACCAGCCUGGACGUCGGCCACCGGAGGGGUGGCUGCCGGGCACUAAGUCGUCUGGCGUGGCGGCAGGGAACGAUGACGCUUCAAUGCAGCAGCGGAGCGCCGCAACCACGACGACUCUGGAGACGGAUGAAUAUCAGCACACCACCUUGGCUGCAGGCGCGGACGCCUCCUUUCCCUUCUUCGUGACCCCCUUCUUCAUUCCCACGCUGGUGAAGGAGUGUCUCGUCAAGCAACACAGCGCGCCACUGCAGCUGAGCGAGAUCGACAUCACGAACUUGACUCCGGUGCGGCUGAAAGUGCCGGAGUUCGCGGUGCGGUGUCAGCACCACUCCACCGGCUUCUCCUUCGACUACACCGUUCACCCGACCUUUCAAACGGAGGAGGGAGUCACGGUGGACCUCACCACACCGCACUGGACAGAGGGCGACGGCAAGCCGAGUUCGACGCUGUCGUUUCUGGCCAAUGCAGCGCGGCUGAGUGAGGUGGUGUUGCACGAGCUGCACCAGCUGAGCACCGCCACCAGCGACGUGUUGUUGGAACUGUCGAGCGCGGCCCAUGAAGCGUACGUGCGGCGCAACAAGGGCUUCCACAUGUACGCCCUGCACGUCUCGGUGCUGGUACGCGCGCAGUGCCAGAUUGCUCGCGACGCGCUACUUCCGCACCUGGAGCGAUCGCGACUGCUGGAGAAUAUCAUGGGGGAUCUAGUCACCUAUCGUUUUCAGCAAACAAUGGCUCGCGCCUCGCCGCCGCAGAAGCACGUGGUCCGUGACCGGUGCAUGACGUUUCUCCGGACGGAGAUUCAGCUAUGCCGCCAGUUAGACCAGGCGAUGGAGGGUAUCGAUGCGGCGUGCCGCGGGAUUUACACCCUGCUGGGACGUAUGCGGGUCGCAAUGAAGGAGUUGGCGCAGCCGAAGGUGCACCGCGGUGAGGAGCACACAAAGUCGCGCCAGAGUCGGCUGCGCUUCAGCGUGCAGCUCUUCCACAACCGCGGGAAGGAGGACAAUCCGCAGCCGAAACAACAACGGGAGGGAGAGCAGGAGGAUCAGCUGACGAGAAAUGAUGACGUGCAAACUCAAACAAGGACGCCGCGUUCUGGUGCGACCCGGCGCAGUCCGUCGCACACUGCUCCGUCGAAUGCUGUGCCGAUCGAUCCCGCGCUGAGCGAUGCUGCCGUGUCAGACAGCAGCUUCUCCGCUCAGAUGAGCGAGCAUCACGGCACCACGCAGGCGCUGACGGACUCGUUGGUAUCGAUUUUGCGUUGCUUUAUGCAGGCGCGCGUGUGGGAGUGGUCGCUGUGCAACACGUGCAUCCGCGAGUGUGGGCUGGGGGAAGAGGACCGCCGCGCACUCCUCAGCGCAGAGGAGACUCUGCAGCUUCUCACGGACCACCUUGCGCGGGAGAUUUGGAGCUGCGCACGACUGGUGCACAUCUUGGAGGUGCAGCAAGCCGAAGCCGGCCCAACAUCAUCCCUCGACAUUUUCAUGGACAGGGAAACGAUGGAGUUGGUGGACCUCGGCAUGGAGAACCCGAUCUACGAGCACAACGCAAUCUCCGACAACCUAAAGGCGCUGUCACAGAUGCGCAAUAACCUGCUGAACGUGUCGUCGGCGAACAUCAUGACGAUGCGUACCCCCGACACACAGCAGGAGCUGCUCAACAUGAUGACGUCCGUCCUCAAUACGACGAUGGCGCACCAAAUGACCGUGCUGCGCCUCGUGACAGAAUCGGAGAACGUGUACAAGCAUCGAUUUGCGGCGUAUCUGCAAACACGUCAAAUGGACCCGCAGGUUGGCAGCCCGCCGCCAAUCAACGAGGGUACACUCCUCGCUGUCGACGUGUUGAAGAUGUUGCGGCGGUGCCGUGAUCUGCUGGUUUCCCCUGCGGCGACGGUGGUCUCAGCCGACGGAGGCAGUGACGUUCCGCAGUGGCCCCUCCUUGCCAGACCGAGCCGGCCUCACCCCGCAGCACCUGCGCAGGAAGACCCGAAAGAGCUUUCCGCCUCGACGACGCCCGUCAGCCCGUACGAGACACACACAAUGGCGCACGCGGUGCUCCUUGAUUUUGCGCGGCGCGACACUGCGCUCAUGUCGUGCCAACGAUACGGUGAGGCGCUCGUGCGGGCGGCCAACGGACACGCGCUGGAUGACGGCAGAAGCGUUUUUGCGACGGACGGCAACGGCUCUGGUGGAACGGCACCCAGCGCGCUCCAUCGGCUUCCACCGCUGCCGACCCAAGCUGCGGGGGCAGCGGCCAGCUCGACGUCGCCAGCGGACGUGGAGGCAACACUCCUUGUGCCUCUCUUGCCGGUGGAGGAGCAGGAGGAGGCGGAGGGAGAAGAGCCGUAUUCCACACCGACAGUUUCCACGACAACGCACGCUCCUGAAGCCUUCGAAGGCACUGACGGCGGCACCGGUGCCCUCCCCAUUCAGGUCUUAACGCCUGGUGCACGCGUGGAGGAAAGCACACCCCACGAAGGUGCCAACGAACACACACAUCCCACUAGGAGUGACGCGGGUACCUCCCCUUCUCCGCCGCAGCGUGGUUCGUUCUCGUCGUCUCAGCGCACGGUGGAGGUGGACGCGGCAGCGAGUCCUUCCGGUGAUGUCGCCGCUAACGUCUCUGCGCUGACACCGAUGUCAGAGGCUGCGGCAGCGGCCCCGGUGGAAACCGCGGAAGGUGCAACAUCUGCGUCCACUCCCGGCCAAAACCGUCUUCGCGACGAACUGCUCUUCGAAGCGGACUGCAGCGACACUCCAGUGGAGGCGGCCCCUGUAGAGCCCUCGCUCGCCGAUGCAAACGGCAGCCGCAAAGCGUCGAAGCUCUUCAAGACGACCUUUCAACUGCCGGCCACCACCACAUCUGUCAACCAGACGCGCAUCACGUAUCUGCCUUUUUAUCGUGGUGAAUGUACGUACAAAGGGAUGUCCACGACCUUUUAUGUGGAUGCGCAAACGAGCAUGGUGUCAGUUAACUCGAGACUUCUCUCCGCUGGCGGUCGGCGUCAGCAUGUGUUGGAGUUGCUGAGCUCGCCGCUGUUUUUCCUUCUCCUCAACUCCGCGUUGAGCGUCUGGUUGCGCAAACGAUACCAGCUCGAGAUUCUUUACAAGUAG